CAAUCCAGUAUGUCAAGAGAUUCCGAUGAAUGUCCAAUAUGUUUACUUCCAUUGGCAUAUAAAAUUAAUUAUAUUUUACAACCUUGUAGACAUAAAUUUCAUAAAAGAUGUAUUGAAAAAUGGGGACAUGAAGCUGAGUUUCUUUUGGCAUCUUCUUGGUAAUAGCGUGCACGAUGGUUGUGAGCAACGGUAAUAUUUGUCCAGUGAGCGGCCCAGGGAAUGUAGGGAACCGGUCAGUUACCUGAGAAACAUAGCUGGUAGCAGGACGAUCGAUGUUGUCGAUUGUUAACCUUAAGAAUUCUCUGUGACGGUGGUCCACAGCAACAAGACACGGAGAAGUAAAGGUGGCGGGAAAAAGUGCAUUGAUGAUGUCCAUCACUUAAAAAGUUUUGAAUUUUGCGGCUUUUCCGGCACUCGAUUAUCAAAAUGCGUGAACAAAUUAAAUACGAUGCAAUAUUUGUUGUUGAUUCUGUGUAUCAUGCACAUGAUUGUGACUUCGAAAACCACCGAUGAAGGACGAGUAAAAGGAUUAGUUCGAGAUUGGGCGCCUCUAGUAUGGCUCGCACCUGGCGAACUCUUUUUACCCCUUGGAGUACCAGAAUUUCUUGACAAUAUGCAAUCCGACGUUGAUUAUCUUCAUACCAAAAUUGACGUAGAAAUAUUGUUGAGGAAUCGAUCGUCGUUUCUAUACGGCCGAAAACCAACAGGUACGGUACCGAUUUAUGCUGUGAUCAAGAAUUGUGCUAUUCCAGAUGUUUCUGCAGAUGUGAUAAAGAUCAGGAAUGAAAGAAAUUUUCCAAAAAAAAGGGACGAAACAUUGAUAUCAUCGAAAAAUAUGCUGCAGAUCGACGAUUUUGGGUCGACUAUGAUCUUCACCAACGAUCUUUCACAAAAGAUUUGGAAGACCGAUGUUAAACAGAAUCUAGAGAAACAUGAUGAUUUUGAAAAAAAAAAGAAAAAAGGAAACAGGUCCCAGAAACUGCACUUUCACGUGACCUAUUGGAUGUUCUAUCCGUUUAGCGAGGGAAAGGCGGUCUGUGUUCUGGAUCUUGGAUUUUUUGGUAGCUGGCCGAUACCCACUGUGGGCGGGAUAUGCCUUGGAAUGUUUAAAGAAUAUGGUAAUCACGUGGGCGAUUGGGAACACAUGAGUCUUUAUUUCAAGGAUACAAAUCAUCCAUCAACCAUGUACGUGUCCGCGCAUGACGCAGGGGCGUUCUAUCGGUAUGAUUUACGAAGCGGUACAUUUGUUUAUGAGAGUCAAGAGACGCGGAAAGGAAUAUUUCAAAAACCUAUAUUUCCUGAAAAAGUUUUCACUGCCGACGGCUCUCAUCCCAUAUUAUUUAGCGCGCGAGGAUCGCAUGGACUUUGGACUGCGCCAGGGAAACACAAAUUCGUCAGAUUACCUCGUCUUUAUGACGAAAGUGGUUUUGGAAUCGCUUGGCCUACAUGGAAAAAAAUGGAAUUGCUUCUGAAAGAGGAGAACACUAUCUUACCCAGCUGGAUGACUUUUAGAGGCAAGUGGGGUAAUCCUAAAAGUAAUUGUCAUCCUUUAGCCAGAUUUGGUUUCAACAUUUGCGAAUUCGUUGAUGGUCCUACUGGCAUUCCUAUGAAACAGUCAAGUUUUCGAUGCUGACGAUAUUUCUUUAAUAAUUUUUUAACAUUUUCGCUGCUAUUAUGUAUAAAAAUUAUAAAUAUUUGUGUUGAAGUUGAUAUUAUGCAUGUCAGUUAUUAUAUUUACAAAAUAAAAUUAAUGAUGAUAAUGAAUUUUUAAAAUAAUAUGAUGUAAUAUAGUGACAUAGUAGCGAAUAUGUCGAAAUAUAUAUCAUCAAACACAAAAAAAUUGUAUAGUUUUAAUAAUUAAAAAGAAAUUUAUGAUUAGUAAAAUGCAUAUUACUAUAAAUAUAAAAUGAAGAAGUUAUAGUCUAUUCAAAAUUAAUUGAUUAAUUACUGAUUAAUAACUGAUUAAAUUAUUUUUUGUAUUAUCAAAAACUUUAAUUAUUUUGAAACAUGUAUAUAAGAAUUUUUUCUAAAUAUUCGGAAUAUCUUGAUCUGGAACAAUAAAUUAAUCUUGAAUAAACGACGACUUCAAUCUGUAAAAUAAAUAAUAAUGAAAUAAUAAGGGUUCAAUAUGAAAUGAUUGUUAGUAAAACACAUUCAUUGAAUUCGUUCAUUUUAAUAAUUCUAAUAUUAGCUUAGCAAGGAAUUAGAAAACAGCAUCGUUAUUUGUGAAACUUGCUUUUGAUUAGUAAUAUAUUCUUAUCGUUUAAAAUCUUUGCUCGAUGUAAAACGAUAAUAAAAUACAAUUUUAUCAUUACAACGAAUAGAUCGAUGAUAAAUAUUAAAAGAUGUAAUAGAUUUAUAUAUAUAUAUAUAUUAAUAUAUAAUUAAUAUAUAUAUUAAUAUAUAUAUAUAUAUAAUGUAUAGGCAUUGCGUGAUACGUUUUCGUUUAAGGAACAGUAGGCAAAUGCGGUAUUUAGCUAUAACUCGUAAUUAUAGAUAUUUUGAUGUGAUCCUUUAAAAACUGGCUGAUUAAAGGAACACUUUGUUUCUUGCGUCGAAAUUGUUAUAAUCUCGAUUCAAGAGAAAAAAGAAGUCUUGCGAUUGUGAUAUAGGCCUGUGCAAUUAGACCAAUUGCAAUAAAUUCGAAGAGAAGCUCUUUUUUUUUCCUAAGAACAUGGCAUAUUUCGAAAAUUACAUCGUGCAGAAAUAGACUGUAUAAUUAACUUGAUCUCGAUAGAUAAAACAUUCGUUAUGCUUGCAUUUAACGUGCAAUUAAAUGCAUGCACGUGAUUCUCUUAAGAUUAAAACAAUGAUCAUUAAUAAUUGAUCGCAACGAUGAAUUUCAUUGUAAUGCUAACCUACGUUUUGCACGAUUAAAGUUCGAAAUAAGUAACGUUCUCAUGCAUCAGUUUUCCCUCUUAUUAUUAUACGUCCUCUAUUAGAUGCAUUUCUUUGUGUAUCUCAAUCUCAGUGUUUUGUUCAAAGAUCUUCUUGGUUUCGCAUACUUAAAGAUGCCUUCAAUUUUGUACCCAGCACCUGUGAAAGAAAUAUGUACUCGACUCUUAGAUGUUCGAGUAACAAGUCAGUAUUAAUGAGAUCUACUCGGAGACCUCAUCUUCUUUUGGUUGUUUCAAUAGACCGAUAUUAUGUAUUCCAGUCCUUAGUAAUGGCGUCCCUUUGUCUUUUCCCAAUACGCGUGCGUUCAGUUGGAUUAUUAAUGGAAUUCCAGCUUUACAGCAUAUUAUUUGAACUUCUUCUUUUAAGAUUUUUUCUUUAUAUGCUAAAAAUUCUAUUUUUAACCUGUUGCAGAAAUAAGAUCUUGUAAUGGAAAUUACAAUAUAAUAUAAAAAAUUAAAUUACAAUAAUAAAAAUUAUAAUUUUUAUACAAAUAUAAAAUUUAAUAAUAAUAUGUCUACAAAUAAAUUUAUAAAAUAACAAAAGAUUUACUUUAAGCUUUCCUUUUCAUGUGUUAGUUCUAUAAUAUGACAAUAGGGAUUAUGAUAUUCCGUGAUUAUCGCAGGUUCAUUACUGUUUCUUUCGUUAUGAAUACAUAAAUCCCAAGGAAUGGAGAAUUCAAUAUGAUAUCUAAAAAAAUUAUGUAAAAAUAUUAUAAAUUUAGAUAAUUUAAAGUUAUGAGAACAUUUAUUAAUUUCACAUAUUUAAUUUCUUAAUAUGUGUACAAAAAAAAUGCAACCUAUGAUGAAGUUGUAAGAAUCCAAGAUGAACAUCUAUUUGUCCAUGUCGUUGUGGUUGUAUCACAAUUUUGUUGUCUUUUCCGGGGCCACUUGCUCCGCUAAAGUGCACGUGAUGCUCUAAAUCCAAAUUUAAGUAAAUAAAAAAAAAAAAAAACAA